GCACCCUGACAAAAACAAGGACCCAGGAGCAGAAGACAAAUUCAUCCAGAUCAGCAAAGCCUACGAGAUUCUCUCCAAUGAGGAAAAAAGGGCAAAUUUUGAUCGUUAUGGAGAUGCUGGGGAAAGCCAGGGCUACUCUCAGCACCAGCAUCGCCAGUUCCACCACUUCCACGAAGGCUUCUACUUUGACGAGUCCUUCUUCCAUUUCCCUUUCAAUUCGGAGAGGCGCGACACCUCCGACGAAAAGUAUUUGCUCCAUUUUUCCCACUACGUCAACGAAAUCGUGCCAGACAGCUUCAAGAAACCUUACCUCAUUAAAAUAACCUCUGACUGGUGUUUCAGCUGCAUCCACAUCGAGCCCGUGUGGAAGGAAGUCGCUCAGGAAUUGGAGGCGCUGGGAGUGGGAAUCGGAGUCGUUCACGCUGGGUACGAAAGGCGCCUCGCCCAUCACCUCGGUGCCCACAGCACACCGUCCAUCCUAGGGCUCAUUAAUGGGAAAAUAACCUUCUUCCACAACGCUGUCAUCCGAGAGAACCUGCGGCAGUUCGUGGAGAACCUUCUGCCGGGGAAUCUCGUAGAAAAGAUUACAGAUAAAAACUACGUCCGCUUUCUCUCCAACUGGAAGAAAGAAAACAAGCCCCACGUCCUCCUGUUUGAUCAUAUGCCAGUUGUGCCCUUAUUAUACAAGCUGACGGCCUUUGCCUACCGCGAUUACUUGUCCUUUGGCUACGUGUACGUCGGACUCCGAGGCACGGAAGAGUUGUCCAGUCAGUACAACAUCAAUGUCUACACUCCCACCAUUAUGAUCUUCAAGGAGCACAUCGACAAGCCCGCCGAUGUUGUGCAGGCACGAGAUAUGAAGAAGCAGCUCAUUGAUGACUUCCUUUCCCAGAAUAAGUUCCUCAUGGUGGCCAGACUCACCAACCAGAGGCUAUUCCAGGAGCUGUGUCCCGUCAAGAAGUCUCACCGCCAGCGAAAGCACUGCGUCGUCCUGCUGACCGGAGAAGGCGAUAAGUUUGCUGAGGCUUACGAGGCCUUUUUGACUUUUGCUGUGGCCAACACCAAAGACACGCUGAAGUUUGUGCACAUCUACAACGAACGGCAGCCGGAAUUUGCGGACGCCUUGCUGAUGGAUGAUGAGAGGUUUCGGGGAAAAUCAGCUGUGGUCAUUCUGGAGCGACGCAAUAACGCGGGGAAGAUCGCCUAUAAAACCUUGGAGGAGGCCUGGCAAGGCAGCAAAGAGGACAACUUCAUCCUCCUGGAUCUCCUGGACCAGCUGAGGACAGACCCCGGCCUUCUCUCUUCAGAGACUGUCCUGGCAGACUUGAAUGAUGAACUCGCUCCCAUGUUCCUUAUCCGAUGGCUCUACUCCACGCUGGACUAUAUCUCGGACUGCUGGGACAGUUUGUUUCACAGUAACUGGCGAGAAAUGAUGCCGCUGCUGUCCCUGCUCUUCUCUGCGCUCUUCAUUCUCUUUGGCACCGUUAUUGUUCAGGCUUUCAGCGAUUCGAGCGAUACAAGAGACUCUGCUCCCUCUGAGAAAGAAGAAACCGCCGCAAAGACCGAGAAGAACGACACGAGCUUCAGCAAAGAGAGUAACAGCAGGAUUCCCAAAAAGGGCUUUGUCGAGGUGACUGAGCUCACGGACAUCAACUACACCAGUAACUUGGUACGCCUGAGGCCGGGUCACAUGAAUGUGGUCUUGAUCUUGUCCAACUCAACCAAAACCAUCCUCCUCCAGAAGUUUGCUCUGGAAGUCUACACCUUCACAGGGAGCAGCUCGCUUCAUUUCUCCUUCCUCAGCCUGGACAAGCACCGAGAAUGGCUGGAGUACCUGUUAGAGUUCGCGCAGGAUGCGGCCCCCAUCCCAAACCAGUACGACAAGCAUUUCCUCGAGCGCGACUACACGGGCUACGUCCUGGCUCUCAACGGCCAUAAGAAAUACUUCUGCCUCUUUAAGCCUCACAGAUCAGGGGAUGAGGGAGGAACCCUGGGAUCGUGUGAGGAUUACGAUUCCUCGCUACAUACAGAAGCCAAAGGGAAAUCCUCCUGCAGCCCGGGAUCUCGAUCCAUUAAAAACAAAUUACACAAAUUGUCCUUUUGGAUGGAACGCCUCCUCGAGGGUUCCUUACAGAGGUUCUAUAUCCCCUCGUGGCCCGCGCUAGACUGAGGGGUUUUAAAAGAGAUUCUAACAGACAAAACUUUUUAUGAAGAAAACAAGGGACAGCUCUUUCCAGGAACACACAAACAAGCGUGAUGAACGGACCUUAGGUUUUAGAUAAACUCUCCUCGGGCCGGCGACUAGAAAAUAUCUCCCCGCGUCUGGAGCCCGGGAGCGCAGC